CCUUAAGGGACAACCGGCGGCGCCUUCAUCCACCAUGCGAGUCAUCAUCGGCAUAGGCGGGGUCACCAACGGUGGGAAGACCACCCUCACCAACAAACUCAUGCAAGCUUUACCCAACUGUAGCGUUGUGCAUCAGGAUGAUUUCUUCAAGCCCCAGGAUGAGAUAGUGGUUGAAGAUGGAUUUAAACAGUAUGAUGUUAUCGGUGCUUUGGAUAUGGAUGCUAUGAUGAAUACCAUCAGUGCUUGGAAGAAAAACCCAAUCAAAUUUGAACGAUCCCACGGCAUUAACACACUAGACGCCAGAAUUAUGGAAGAUUCAGAGGAGAAGGACAACACCAUCCAUAUCCUUAUUGUUGAAGGGUUCUUACUUUAUACUUACAGACCCCUGAUUGAAGUAUUCGACUAUCGAUUCUUUCUUUCUAUUCCCUAUGAAGAGUGCAAGAAGAGGAGAAGUUCAAGGAACUACACCAUACCAGAUCCACCUGGAUUAUUUGACGGUCAUGUCUGGCCCAUGUAUGUCAAACAUAAGAAGGUAAUGGAAGAUCUUCAAGUUGACGUCGUUCAGUUGAACGGAACACUAUCAAGGGAGGAGCUCUUUAACGAUGUCUAUUGGUAUAUCCAGAAUAGUUUAGAAGAGCUGAUGAAAAUGCUGACCUAGACAAGCAGCUGGUGGCAUCUCGGAAG